AUGGGUGAUAUCGAUGAUGCAGAAUCUCCUUUAGGGAACUCAAAUGAGCUGAAUAACUCAAAUGAAGGGAGCGGUGAUCAAAUGUCAUCUGGUGGAGAAUCUGUGGAUGGAGGGAGUGAUGGAGACGACGCACAGGAUGAAGAUGGAGGUCAGGAGGUUGAAGAUAGCAAUAGCAACGCUGGCUGGGCACAGGCAAUGGCAAAGAUAUUGGGGAAGCAAACCCAAAAGAGCAAAACCACCAUCUUAGUGAAAAACAAAGAAUUGGAUAAGGUGAAGGCAAAGGAAAAACAGGAACGGUUAGAGAGAAAGGAAAAGAAUGACAAAAAACGAACAUGGGAGAUGAUGUGCAGAGAGAAACCUGAUGUUUUGAAAGACCGUGAAGCAGAAAAAGCACUGCAGAGAAUUGCAACAAGAGGAGUCGUGCAGCUAUUCAAUGCCGUAAGAAAGCACCAGAAGAACAUUGAUAACAAGGUGAAGGAGGCCGGCGGCUCAGAGAGGAAGAAGGCAAAAAUACUUUCCUCAGUUUCUAAAAAAGACUUCAUUGAUGUAUUAAGGAAAACAGAAAGUGAGAGCAAAGACACAGUCAAGAAAGAAAAUGACAUAAGUACUACUGAGGUGGUGGAGAAACCAGCUUGGAGUGUCCUGAGUGACGACUACAUGAUGGGAGCAACUAUGAAAGACUGGGAUAAAGAGGAGCCAACGGUACAAGCGUGA